AUGAAAAAAGUGGAUGAAGGCGUUGAACUGUUUGACGAAAUCUGGGAAAAGGUCUACAGUGCUGAGCAACAAAACCAGAAGGAGAAGUACGAAAUGGAUCUGAAAAAGGAAAUCAAAAAGUUGCAAAGGCUGAGAGAUCAGAUCAAAACUUGGAUUUCAUCAUCCGACGUUAAGGAUAAAGAUCCACUGAUAGAUGCGCGGAAACUGAUUGAGACAAAGAUGGAACAGUUUAAGAUUUGUGAGAAGGAAACCAAGACGAAAACCUAUUCCAAGGAGGGGCUUGCGAGACAGGAAAAGUUGGAUCCUCAGGAGCAAGCGAAAGAGGAUACGAAUGCGUGGAUUUCGGAGGUUAUCGACAGGCUGAUGCAAGCGGUGGAAGAUAGAGAAGUUGAGAUCGAGAGGUUAAGUAGUGGAAAAGGCAAAAAGACAAACAAGUCAACCAUUGACGAUUACAACCACUACAUUACCUGUCACAAGUACCAUCUUAACAAGUUGGAAGGUAUCAUGCGAUUAGUGACCAAUGAUGUGCUGGAUGUUGACAUUGUUAAUCCUAUCAAGGAGGACCUCGAGUACUACCUUGAAGCAUAUGAAGACCUUGAUUAUCAACAAGGUUACGAUGAAGAGUUCUUUUAUGAGGCCCUGAACCUGGAGGAGAUUGGAGUUGUCAAUGUGGACCGAGUAACGAAUAUCGACACCAAACCUGUGAAGAAGUCAAAGGAUGAUGAUGCUGCUUCUGCCUCAACGAAAGGAAGCAGAGAGAAGAAAUCAUCCAAAAAAGGGCUUGCUAGUGUGAUUCCCAUGACGAUUGGACGGGCACGUAAGAGUUCUGGCAAAGGUGGCGGUGAUGAAAAGGAGGAGUUAACCCCGAGUAAACGAACGUCAUCUGGCGGGUCGGCGGGGCCAACACCGACAACUAUCCCCGCUGCACGACCUGCCGCCACCCCAGCACCACAACCUGGAGCAAGUAUGGCUGCUAUUCUUAAACGCGAAACGGAGCAGCAGGAGAAGGAACGUCAAAAGGCUCGCGCAGCGGAACAACUACGACAGCAACAAGUGGCGCAACAACAACUGGUGCAACGGCAACAGCAAGAAGCUCAACUGCGACAACAACAAGAGGUCCUUCGCCAGCAACAGCAACUGCAAGAAGCCGCUGCGAAGCAAAAGGCGUUACAACAGCAGGAGGUGCUGCGACAGCAACAAGCGCAACAGCAGGAAGCUUUGAAGCGACAACAAGCUGCUCAACAACAAGCGCUGCAACAACAGGCCCAAACUCCCGAGAAAAAGCCUGUGCUGCAAAGCCAAACAAGUCAGGGAUCUACUGGAGCUGGUGCUGGUGGAGCUGGUGUCGUUGGCCUAGAUUUGUUGACUUCUGGACUUGGUGGAUUGAACCUAGCUGCUUCAGUGGGAGAAAACGGAGCUCCCGAUGGAAGCUAUCUAUCCGCUUUGAACGAGAGUUUUGCAACCAUGCCUGGUACUGCCGAUAAUGAACGUGCGAGGGCUUACACACCGCAGAAUCCUUACCCGACUCCUGCAAGUUACCCUUCGCAGCCUUCUCCAAUUUUUGAGAACCCUGCAGUGUUUGAAAAGCUAGGAACUGACUGUCUAUUCUUCAUCUUCUACUAUGCCCAAGGAACCUACCAACAGUACUUGGCUGCUCGCGAAUUGAAAAAGCAGUCUUGGCGCUUCCACAAGAAGUACAUGACCUGGUUCCAACGCCAUGAAGAGCCCAAAGUUACCACCGAGGAAUACGAGCAAGGAACUUAUGUGUAUUUUGACUACGAAACCGGCUGGUGUACGCGCAUCAAGCAAGACUUUCGUUUCGAGUAUUCGUUCUUGGAGGAUUCGUUGCAAUAG